UCCGCCUUUGUCCUAAUCCACACCAGCAGGUGGAGCCGCAGUUAAAGUUUCCGAGUCCAUUCCGGGAGCGGGAGCCCAUCUUGCUCGCCGCCGAGGACCUCACUGGAGGAGGAGGGUCAGAGCUCGGGUGCAGCCAAUCGCGGGCAACGCUGCUAGUUAUCAGAGCAGAAUGGGCUGUAGUUUAGUGAAAUAGGAAAGCUGCAAAAACACUGUGGAGUGUUCCCGUGUAAAUAAAAAGAGGGGAAGGAGAAAAAAAAAGUUUCUCAAGUCGCCGCUGCACGACGUCGGGCCGGCGCCGGGGCGGGGGUCUGCGCUUUCCCGAGCGGCCGCGCGCUGGACUUUAUUGUGCCGCAACAAGCCCUCGUUCCCAUUGUUUGUGUGGGGCUUUUUUCUGUUUUGGUUUUUUUUUUUUUUUUUCAAAAUAUGGCAAAGGUUCAGGUGAACAAUGUAGUGGUGCUGGAUAACCCUUCUCCUUUCUACAACCCGUUCCAGUUCGAGAUCACCUUCGAGUGCAUCGAGGACCUGUCUGAAGACUUGGAAUGGAAAAUUAUCUACGUGGGCUCUGCAGAAAGUGAAGAAUACGAUCAAGUUUUAGACUCUGUUUUAGUGGGUCCUGUACCUGCGGGAAGGCAUAUGUUUGUAUUUCAGGCUGAUGCUCCUAAUCCAGGACUCAUUCCAGAUGCAGAUGCAGUAGGUGUAACAGUUGUGCUAAUUACGUGUACCUAUCGGGGUCAAGAAUUUAUUAGAGUUGGCUAUUAUGUAAAUAAUGAAUAUACUGAGACAGAGUUAAGAGAAAAUCCUCCAGUAAAACCAGACUUCUCCAAGCUUCAAAGGAAUAUUUUGGCAUCUAAUCCCAGAGUCACAAGAUUCCACAUCAAUUGGGAAGAUAAUACAGAAAAACUGGAAGAUGCAGAGAGCAGUAAUCCAAAUCUACAAUCACUUCUUUCAACAGAUGCAUUACCUUCAGCAUCAAAGGGAUGGUCUACAUCAGAAAACUCACUAAAUGUUAUGUUAGAAUCCCAUAUGGACUGCAUGUGACCAACUGCCAUCCCUUUAGUACAAAUUAACCUAUAAAACAGAACUAUUUCCCUGAAAUUCCGUAAGUAUAUAGCCAAGAUACAAUGUGAAGAAUUUGUUUUAAAGACAUCCUGUAGAAAGUUUAUAAGAAAACCAGUAUUUGAGCAAAUUGUGGAAUAUAAAUACAACUAUUUUUAAGUAAUUUUUUUCUCUAAUGUGUUAUUUUAUUUGUUCUGAAACUACUCUGAUUAAAACAUAUAUAUUAUUUUCUUCUCCUCUAUAUGUAAUUAAAGCACUUACAAAAAAAUGUGAAAUCAGACCAGGAUAUAAAGAUAUCUUGCCUCUUGGACAAUAAUCUUUAGACCAAUAUUUUACUAAUCUUUGAAAGAACCCGAUUCACUUUAACUAAACUGUAUCUGUGAUAACACAACAGUUGGCUUAAUUUUUAAAGGGGAACAUUCUGUUGUGCCCCCCCACCAGCACUCUCCCCCGGCUCCCCACAAGUCCUUAAAAAGGGUUUUGAAGUCAACUGCUGCCAAGAACUUUAGGACUUGAUUUUCUAGACCACCAAGAAGCCUCUUGUGGCUAUUAGAGUGCACAUAAUUUUGCUCAAUAUUCAAUUUGGUUUAAAGAGUCUCCUGGCUUGCUCUUAUAACAAAUCAGAACAUCAUAAUUUAAAAUGCCAAGAAACUAAAAAUUGUUU